AUGCAAGCUCAACUGAAGUUGCUAAUAAUUUUAUUAAUUUUCUCAUCUUCUACAUUCGCUAAGAAGCGUAUAUGCGGUAAUGUGUUGCAAACUUAUUUAAUGCGGGUAUGCACAUUUGCAUAUGAAAAAACACCAUGCUUUAAUUCAAGGUUUCCAACUAGUAAAGGAAUCCGAAGUAGCAGUGGUCGCACAUUUAGUGGCAUUGCUAAUCGUUGUUGUGAAGAAGGUUGUAACGUUUUGGAUAUACGAGCGACGUGUUGUUUCAAACUAUCUUGCCUUAAACGUUGUUAUCCAAAUUCUGGAUAUGAUAGAAAGGGAAAAACUGAAGAAAAUGAUUUUCUUAUUAUUUAA